AUGAAGACCCUCAUUCUACUUUUCGCCUUCGUUGCUCUGGCAACAUGCAACAAAUGCGGCCCUCUACAGAAGCUGAAGGUGAAGCAGCAGUGGUCGGUAGCCUUUGGCACGGAUCAUCACAGAAUUGACUUUGGCAUCGCCAUCUGGAGAGGACUUUUCCGUCAAGAACCCGAGGCCAGAAAGAUGUUCAAGCGAGUGAACGGCGAAGACCUCUACUCCGGAGCUUUCCGCGCUCAUUCGAUGCGUGUUCUCGGCGGUCUGAACAUGGUCAUCUCGGCCAUUGAUAACGACGACAUCGCCAAGUUCGUCCUCAGCCAUCUUCACGAAGAUCACGUCGACAGACACGUUCCCGGCAACUACUAUCAGGCCAUGAAGAACUCCCUGAUGAAGGUCAUCCCAGCCGCUAUCGGACGCUGCUUCGAUCACGACGCCUGGGAAGCGUGCAUGGACGUCAUCAUUAACGGCAUCAAGGGCAACUAA